AUGGAAGACGACAGCACAGACAACUACCGGGUGAAGGAUAUCAUCUUCUUUGGAGCCGAGCGCCGAAUUCUUUUGCAGAGCAAGAACGGUCCUUGUCCCCUCCUUGCUAUUUGCAAUGUUCUGUUGUUGCGUAACGUGUUGAAGAUCAACCCAGACCUCAGGUACGUCACCUUCAUGGAGUUGGUCCAGAUGGUGUCGGAUUGGCUUUUCGAAGCAAAUUCCAAAGACAGUGGUGGCGACAGUUCGCGAGCUGCGAAUCUUCGAGAAAGUCUGAAUUCUUGUUUGGAAGUAUUGCCAAAGCUCAAUGUCGGUUUGGACGUGAACUGCCGCUUUGGAGGUGUGGCCGACUUUGAGUACACACAGGAAACCACAGUUUUCGACAUGCUGGACAUCGCUUUGUUUCAUGGCUGGAUCAUUGCAAAGGAGGACACCCAGUCACACGAAGUGUUGGGCAACCUCUCGUACAAUCAAGUGGUGGAAAGACUCAUAGCCUACGAGGAGUUGCAGCAAAAGCUUCGUGAUGACGGAGGCGGAGGCGAAACAAGCCCUGGCACGGCGAGGCUUCUUGAGGAUGGCUUGCUGAUCAAGGACCGAUCGCCUACUGAUUCCGAAGACUCAGACCGCAUUCAGAUCGCGAGCUCUUGUCAGUCGACCACCGCAAAGCGCGAGUGGAGGUUGGAGGGGAGCCCUACUUUUGGAACCGCUGAAACUGUCCCAGGCCUUUCCAGUCUUCUCAGCAGCGUUGGCCUUUCAAGCUACGAAACAGCAGCGGAAGCAUGGUGCCACCAGAUGGGCGCAGCACACCUGACGGAGUUGGCAGAGGAGGACAAUCUGAAAUCCUUCGGCGAAGCCUUGGGAAGCAAAGGCGGAUUUUCGGACUCUGCCCAGAAGCGUCUUAGCAAUGCCCUCAAGAGAGUGGCAGCAACCUCACCGCAGAGUCAGGUCGAGGCCCGUCGGUGUGGCCAGAUCCAGACUUGGUGA